AUGAUCAAUGACCAGAUUUACCAUCAGGAGAAGAUGUGGCAGUGCAAGGCGGACAUUUUGAGGCUGGAGUUCCUCUGGCACCACGGAGGCCUCUACGUGGACGCGGACAUGAUCUCUGUGGAGCAGAAGAAGCUGGAUGGAAUCCUGGAGCUGGGCAAAGAGACUGGCUGGGUCAUUGCCUACGAGCCAGACACCAAAGAUAAGCCGUAUUCAAUCCUGGGCAACUCUGUGAUUGCGUGCACGCCACACCAUCCCCUCACCCUGAUGCUGAUUCUAUACCUCAAGCAGACGUACCAGCACAAGCGCAACCACAUUGAGGUCUUCGCCGUGACAGGGCCUGUGAUGUACACCAAGUGCCUGGUGGACAGUGGCAUGCCCUUCUCCCUCGCACCACAGGAGUGGUUGUAUCCGGCUUUCCAUUUCGUGCCAAAUCCAGAUGCAAUCAACUUCUCUGCCUUCCCAAAGUGCCUCAUGUUCCAGUUCGGCUACACGUGCUCCGGCUUGGAAGGCUAUGUGAAAUCCAAGAACCGCUGCAAAAAAGCUCGUCAGUGUCCCUUCCAUUCCAAGAAGGUCUGGCCGCUUGGGCCCUUCAAGGAGCUGCCGACUCUGGAGGACCUGGAAGCCAAGUUUCAGUCCCAGCGCGCCCCCAUCCCGAAGGUCAUCCACCAGGUGAUUCCAGCAGGCCUCGACACGCACCACGACCCCCAGAGAUGGAGGCAGACCUGGUACGACGGCUUCUGCCAAAGCCAUCCUGGCUUCAAGUACAGGACUUGGACGAAAGAGCAGCUCCAAGGACGAUCAUGGUUCUGUGCGAAUCUCUAUGUCGAGCCCUGGGAUGACCACGCAGUCACAUCCUUGAUGAUGGAGGUGCUCUUUGAGGAGGGAGGCUUCUACGUUCCACUCUCCACACUGCACCAGCCUGGCAGUGAGGACCAUUUCUUCCUGGAGGCAACGACGGAGGAGGACAUUGAUUACAUUGAGGGCAACGGAGGCGUUUUUGGUGUUGCCAAAGGCUCUCCAGAAUGCUUCCGAAAUCUCAUGGACCUCUAUGACCGGGGUGCGGUGCCUCCAAUGGCGACACCCGGUCCGGAUGGGCCCCGAGUUGUGCAGAUGGGCUUCAGGGACGGACUGGUGUCGCAAGCGCGCUUCUCAUCUCAGACCCGAUACCUGGGAGCGCCCCAGGUGGUCUCCUUCAGCAGCGUAUCAGACAAGCGGCUUGAGCUUUCGACGCUGAGCUACGCGUAUGACUGCAUGGUUCCGUGUCUGGCUGUGCGGGGAAUCCCUGCCAUGAGAGCUGCCGUGGGGGAGAUGGGCCUCUCCUCAAAGUCGGUGUUUGUGACGGACCGGGAGUUCUUCCAGAUGGAGCGUCUACGGGAGGAAAUGCCGGGAUUCCUCGAUCAACUAGGCCCUCACGACUGGGACGCGGUUAUCCUGGGCCUGGAGUGGGACACUGGAACAGAGGAAGUUGUCAUCUUCCAACUUGUUCCUGGUGGGCGCCCUCGUUGUUGCAAGAUCGCGGGCUUCGUGGCCAACUUCGGCUGCGCACCCAACGAGGCAGCUUUGCAGGCAGCGUUGGCGAGAUGCCUGACUGAGGAGGACUUCGAUCCGACUCCGCUCUUCGAAGCUGCGGGGCAGCUGAAGCUGCGCUUCCUCGCUGAGAAGUACGCAGGUAGCAUGGAGGAAGCCCGGCUAUUCCGGAGCAUGCCCCUGGUUCACCGCGCCUUCAAGAAUAUCUGUGGCCAUGAGCCCCCGAUGCACUUCGAUAACCAUGAGCUUCAUGGGAACUUGAUGAAGGGCUUUCAGAAUGGCAACUUACGCUUUGAGAUGAUCUUGGAGCCGAACGGUGGGAUCAUGUUCCGGUGCUGGAACGAUGACAACUCCACCAACUCAGAGGUCAAGAUGAGCGACAGCGUGGUCGAGUGGCUGAAGGUGUACUUCAAUCACCAGGUGUGCAAAGAGAUUCGAAAUGAACCCGUUCCAUGA